UUUUUUUUUAAUUAAUAUUUUGGAAGUCUGAAACCCCUUUUCUACCCUAUAAAACGGGUAAUGAACUCAUCAAUUUCUUUAAGCAGCAUAAUUUCCAGGACAAUUUCUUUCCUCAGCUUAAUUCUCCGACGUCCAUAGCCAUGGAUUUCUUCCAUUCUCAAAACCAACACUCGCCAAAACACCAAAACAGCAGCAACAAGAAAAGGCUAACACAUGACCAAGUGAGGCUCCUUGAGAGAACCUUCACAACCACCAAGAAGCUCGAGCCUGAGCUUAAGGCCCAGCUUGCAAACCAACUAGGGGUGCCCCCAAGACAAAUUGCUAUAUGGUACCAAAACAAGCGAGCAAGAUGGAAGACACAGACCCUUGAGCUUGACUAUAAUUCACUUCAUGCGAAACUAGAGGAUGCAUUAGCCGAUAGGAGGCGACUAGAAAGAGAAGUGGUACAACUUCAAGAGGAGUUGAGGAGGGCUCAACAAAUGGUGUUCCACUUGAACCAAGGACCAGCUCAACCUCCUGUUAAUGUUUCUUCUAACUCUUCUUGUGAUGAGGGAGGCAGCUCUAGCUUGCACGAGGAAGCGAAUGGUGAGGUCUUGCAACUUGAAGAGCUCUAUGCUUGUUUGUAUGGCGCUGGUGGGUCAACUUGGGGUUAAUUAAUUAGGUGCGGCAACAAAAUGUCAUCUUUCAUAAUAUAACGACUCAUCAGAAUCAAGUGCUGAUCGGCACCAUGAGUGGAGACACUCUUAAGUGGACCUACUUCAUGUGAUAGCUCACCAACAAAUUAAGUAUGAGACGUUAAUUUCACAAAUAUUGGAGUCUACUUUGUUGUGGAUAUAUAUAUAUAUAUAUAUAUAUAUAUAUAUAUACUGCCUAUGGUUGAUGGUGUCUUGAGUGUUGGAGAGACUGACUUGUUAUUAAUUAUGAUUAGUGGCCAUUGAUGUUACUUCCAAACCAUCAAUUGUUCUCUUAAUUUUCUUCGAAAGUAAGGCAGGUAAGGAACUGGGAACAUUACACAGAUUGAAAUUAAAGCAGAGAUGAAUUAUUAUAAGAGUAAUUAUCAAGGAUGAAAAGAUUAGUUAAUUUCUAGACAUGUUUUGUGUAUUGUUUGUACUCCUGUAAGUUCGUAUCAGAAUAUCUAUCAAGUAAAGUUCAAACUCAGAUACUGUAUGCUUAGCUAGUUAGAUAACUGUAUAUCAGUGAGGUCAAGAUAAUCUCAAAGUACCAGUUUUGAAUUGACAGAGAUGAAGAACUUGUAUUUAUGCACUCUGUAA